AUGGCAAAUGCCCAAACUCUUGCCGCCAUUGCAGCCAACCUGAACUGUCUCGGCGCCGCCCUAUUAGAAAUUGGAGAUCGUUUCGGGGCCAGAGCCUCCUUUGGGCAGAGUCUGGGGAUGAUCACGCAGGCGACCGACUUGACGCCGGUGGGCCAACAGGUCGAAGUCCAGGCCAACUUAUUCCUACCGCCGCAGUUCUAUCCCCCAGAACGACACCCAGCCUUGCAAGUCACUCGCCGCAUUGGCGCGAGAGCUCCUAGCCUUCCACCCGAGGGUGGGCCCUUUCUGUACAAUCAACCAUUGGUAUUUGGCCCAAAAAUCCUACUGAGUCGAGCCAAUCUCCCAUUCUACUCCGCAAUCGUGACAUUCAAUGUGGCUCUCACAUUUCAUGUCAAGCCAUCCAACACAAUCGAUGAGCUAUCUUUAAGGCUUGCUUCGAGUCUCUACAAUCUCGCUCUUUGUGUCCUUCUCGACGGGCAGAACGCCCCUUUGGGUGCGAGCCUGCCCUUUGCCGCCCUGUUGAACAACAAGGCAGAAGCCCAUUUUGAGUUGGGAGAGUACGAAACUUGUAAGCUGAUUCUCGAAGGACUUUGGGCGCUUUUGUUCAAUCAACAGAUAUGGCCCCCGCUAGAAGGACCUGAACUGGAUGGCUUCUUCUACAACAUUUUGUGUUUGUUGAAUUCCCCGCUUCAUGCCCCAACGGCCUAA